AGUAACACUAAAAGAACCAAAGGAAGGCUCUUCAAGAGUUUUAAGGAGGAUUUUUACCCUUGAAAUGAGUACUCAUAGCAGAAAGAUCAUAGGAUCUAUUGGGCAAAUUAUUUGUUUUCUGACAAAAAAGUAUAAAAUUUUUUUCUUAAUGGGUUGCUUAAGAAAAGGCCAUUUCAUAAAAAUAUUUUAAAAAUUAGUUCCUUUGGCUUCAAGGUUGCAGUGGAAUGGAUAUUCUAACCAUGCUUCUUUCUUUUGCAUUAAGUUAACAAAUUCCCUUAUUGUCUGUAUCAAAAAUGUAUGCCUCUAGAGUGUAUCACCUCUGUCAAUGAGGUUGUCUUUGCCUUUUCAUAAAAUAUACUUAUUCUUCUUUUCUUAUUGUUGUUCAGUUAUGUCUGAAUCUUCAUGACCCCAUUUGAGGUUUUCUUGGCAAAGAUACUGGAGUGAUUUGCCAUUUUCUUCUCCAGCUUAUUUUACAGAUGAGGAACUGAGACAAAAAGAGUUAAGUGGCUUGCCCUAGGUCACACAGCUAGUAAGUGUUUGAGUCCAGAUUUGAACUUAAGGAAGAUGAGUCUUCCUGAUUCCAGGCCUAGCACUCUAUACACUGUACCACCUAACUGCCCUUUGUUUUCUUACAAUAUUCCAACCACAAGCUAUCCAGUGUAUCCGGAGCCAUCCACUUAGUCUUUUCAGUACAUUUCCAACCCUCUUUUAAUUAUAUAAGUAGCUGAAGAAAAAAAACUUUUGAUGCUGAAAAUAUUUUUUCUAAAAACCCUAUAAAGCACAGUCAUAAAAGAGCCACUAUUUGUUAAGAUAAAAGUAUGUAUCUAAAAUCAAAAGCUAUUUAAUAUGAGUUAAUAGAAGCUUUCCCAAUAAAAUUAGGAGAUAGGCAUGCCAUAGUUGAUUGACAUGGACCUAGAAAUGCUAGAAAUUAGUAACAAGAGGGCAUAAACAUUGACUAAGGAGACUUAAGUUAACUAUUGUUAUAUAUGGAUUACUUAGAAAACCUCAGAGAAUCAGCAAAGAAACAACCUAUGGUAAAGUUGCAGGAUACCAAAAUCACAGAAAUCAUCAGCAGGACUAUGUAGCAAUAACAGUGUAUGACAGGGAAAUCUCUACAAAAUAACUAAAAGGAUAUUUCAAAAUGUCAAUCUACCACUAUACAUUAUUCAAAAUCAAAAUCCAAGUUCAAGGAAUUAAAGAGAUAGUCUUUACUCACUUUUAGCCCAAGGCAAAAUAAUACCUAAAUUUACAGAUUUAGUUCUAUACCAAUCAAAUUCCCAAGAAAGUACUUUGCUGAGCUAAAGAAUGUACCCCCCCCCCAACACUACCACUUAUAUGAGAGCUAAGAAUUGAAAUGUGUAAACACACCAAGCAUGAAAUGGUCCCUAGAUUAAAAUUCUCUGGAGUGUAUGUUAAUUUAUAAUUAUUUGUUAAAUAGUAAAAAGCAGGUCUGUCACAUGCCUGUUGCCUAUAUAAUCUGAGCUUUUUACUCGCCUCCCAUUCCAUUCACUCCCACUGCUCCCUCAGAAUAAGUACAAGCUUCCUUGAGCCGUAACUUAACUGCACGAAGUCCCUUUUUCUGAGUCGCCCUAAUUGAAGAGACUUGACCUCAGACCGGGUGUCUUCUCUUGCCAAGAGUCAUGUGGGACAAGAAGCAAAGGUCUUCCUGGAAGCCAGGAUGCCACCAGGUUUCUGGUUUGUGGGAUAAGGCCCACACAUUCACAGAAUGCCAAAGGAAUUCAAUUAAGGCAAAAAGUCAGGGUUUGGGGGAAAGCAGGAGAUUGGACUGUAGGAAAUUGGUCUUUGCGUCACAGAGAGUCCAAAUCUUAAAAAAAAAAAAAAUUCCCAGGACAAAGGGAAGUAAGUAAUCCUUAAUCUAUCAUAGAACUAGAAAGGGGACAGUUUUUUCUUCUCCUUCCUUUCUUAAAAGUAAACAUAGAAACUGACUUUUCUUAAAUAACUAGAGCAAGCACACUCAACUGCAAAUUGACACUCAUUGUGGGGGUUGGGCAGCAACAGAAAGCCCUCCAGAAAAAAAAAACGCACCUCAGGCAAUUUUUCCAGAUUGGCUCCAAAAUUCUCAGACGGUCAAACUGACACUGGUGUUCACCAAUCAAAGUACAGGAAGGCGGGGCUCUAUUGUUCUACUUCACCAAUCAGGGAAGGCUUUCGAACGUCGCCCGGGCUAAGAACCCUAAAGCUCGCUGGCCUAUCCCUUAAACAUUCCUUUGGACUUGGCGGGUCCUCUUGGGGGUCUUAGAGGAACAGGAUGGCGGCCCCCUGGCAUUCUUCUGUGUCCUCGGAAUCCCCCGUCCUUCUGCUCACGAACCCCCUUCUCUGCCGUCCCACUUCAAUGCAUCCCUUCGUUUCGACUUCUGCAUCGCCGGUGGAGUUAACUCCGGCGGUUCGAGGCGUUAUAUGCCAGUCGUCCUGUCCCCUGGGACAGGACUGGGAGGGUCCGUACUACGUGACUAUGGAGUGGACGGCUCCCUAUAGUGACGGCGCCUCCUCAGCUGGGAGUCUUCUCCCGUUUCCGCCCCAUCCUCCUUUUUCCAAACCGGCCCCUCGAUCUAAAAGGGAUAUAGUGCAACUCACAACACUUGAAAUCAGGAACAAGAUAGUAGAAUUAGAAGAAGAAUUAAAAAGUGUUGAGGAUGAAGGUAAUGAAUGGAAAACUCGUUAUGAAGCACAAACUGAACUUAAUAAUCAAUUAGAAAAGCAAAUAUUAGGUCUUCAAGAGAAAAUGGCCAAAAUUCAUGGAAAUCCUUCAGAUAGAUUAUCUUCUAUUCGUAUCUAUGAACGAAUGCCAAUGAAUUCUUUAAAUCAAUUACUUAAACAGCUAGAAAAAGAAAAACGAAGUCUUGAAUAUCAAGUAAAAGAAUAUGAGCAUAGACUGGAACAAGCAUCAAAGGCUUUCCAUAAGACCAAUGAUGAACGACGUGCCUAUUUAGCUGAAAUGUCUCAGAUAACAUGGAAGGCAACUCGAAGACUAGCAGUAGAAAAACCCAAAAGUUCACAGAAGACAAAAAUUGACAUAGCUGGCAGAAUGAGUGAAAAUACGGAGAAGUUGCAAAAAAAAAAGGGUAGGAACAAAUUUAGAUUUUAUAUCAGGAAAAGAAUCCUCACAAUCAGACUCAACCAAAGGUCAAAUAAACUUCUUUUGCUGGUAGUGAGGCUCCCUCUACUACAAGUCUUUAAACAAUGUUGGGUUGACUCUUUCUUGAGCAUAUUCAGGUAAUUAUUAGAUGAAAUGGCCUUUGAUAUCCCUUCCAAUUCUGCAAUUUUGUGAUUCUGAUUCUGUAUUAAUAAAAUUAUCAUGCCUAGAACAAGACAGGCAUAACUGCCUCAAUCAGAUCACAUUUGGAAUAUAGGGCUAAGUUCUUAGCUCUACUUCUUUUUGGAAUGAUAUUGGCGAGCUGCAAUAUAUACAGAGUAGGAAGGUCAAAUGAUGUUAUCCAUUUAAAAAAUGGGAAUUAUAAUCCUUGAGAAAAUACAACUUUGGAGGCAUGUGAUGGUUAUCAUCCCAUGUUUUCGAUGCUUUUUUUAGGGCGGGGUAGAAGGAUUAGACCUGUUCAUGCCUGAACCCAAAUGGAAGAUUUUUUUUAAAGGCAGAUUUCAGGUACUAAACAAGAAAAAAAAAAACCUCCAGCAAAAACUCAACAAUUUGAGUUGUCUAAAACAAAAUGGACAAUCUGGUGAUAUGCUGAGUUCCCCUAUUAAUGAAGAUCAUUAGGAUAGUUUAUUUAUCAAGAAUUUAUAAUUUAUCAAAAAUGUGUAAAAGACAUUCUCAAUAAGUUUCUGGAUUAGAUUAAGUGAUCUCUGAAUGCCUUUCUAGCUGUGAGAUUUUAUACUUUUUUAGACAGGGCCACAGUUUUCAUUAUAUAUAUUAGAGGGUUUUAGAAUCUUUUCAAUACAUAGAAAACCAAAUAUAACUCAUAAAUCAAAAGUUUCUUAGUGACUUAGA